AUGUCGUUUUGGAAAUACGUCAUCCCUCCCGGAUGGGUAUUUCUUGUAUUGGCUCUCUCUUUCCCGGCGCCGGUGAAAGCCGCCGACACCAUUAAAGUGCCCGGUCCUUGGAAGAGAGCCCACGCCACAUUCUACGACGGCGGCCCAUCAACAUACGGUGGAGCUUGUGAUUUCAAGGACGUGGUGCAAGAAGGCUACGGGAUGAACACGGCGGCGCUGAGCGGCGCGUUGUUCAAGGACGGCGAGGCUUGCGGCGCGUGCUUCGAGCUGAGAUGUGUGGACGACCCGCAGUGGUGCAAGCUAGGCAAGCCGUCGCUCAUCAUCACCGCCACCGACCACUGCCCGCCCAACCCGUCGCAGCCCAGCGACAACGGCGGCUGGUGCAACCCACCAAGGGAGCACUUCGACAUCGCCCGGCCGGCGUUCGGCCAGCUGGCGGAGGAGAAGGGCGGCAUCAUCCCCGUUGAGUACCGCCGAGUUCCCUGCAAGAAGCAAGGCGGGAUCCGGUUCACCAUCCUCGGCAACCCUUAUUUCAUCGAGGUGGUGAUUACGAACGUGGCCGGCGCCGGGGACGUGACGUCGGUGCAGGUGAAGGGCGACGACAAGGGGAAGUGGACGGAGAUGCAGCGUGACUGGGGAGAGACGUGGAAGACCGGCGAGCAUGAGCUGGUCGGAGAGUCGUUGACUUUUAAGAUCAGCACCGAAGACGGCAAGACGGUCACGGCGUCGCACGUGGCGCCUAAGGACUGGCAGUUCGGGAAGACUUACGAAGCAAAGGAAAAUUUCAAAUAA